AUGGAUUACCUUACGUUGACGCCGCCUGACCACGACGACUGCGGCUUGGUCGAUCCCAAUUUCACCGAAGUAAUGGAGAACCAACUCACUGACAACGAAGAAGAAGAAGACGACGACACCGGCGCGCAGCUGGAGAGCGCGCUGGGAAGGCGGUGGACUAACAACGACUCGCAGCGUGUUGUGUGGAGGAUGGAUCGGGAGAUACAUGCCCUCGGUCCGGAAUACUUCGCACACUACCGGGCCCACUUUGUGGAUAUGGUCGCCGACCCGGAUUUCGGGCACGUGUGGGAGCGCGCAAUCUGCCGGUAUAUCAACUACCUGCGGGCCCAAGGCUCGCUAGUCCCCGACACGGACACGGACUACCUGGUCUCGGAUAUCUGGUCGGAGGUGGGGAGGUAUAUCGACACGGGCGCCGUUGAUGUUACUAUUGACACGGGCGCCAUUGAUGAUGAUCAUAUCGUGGUCGGGAGCGGUGUGAGUGAGGAGGCUUUGUCGAGAGGGCUGAAGAGGAAGCGGGGGAGUGGGGAGAUGUGCGUGGUGUGCCAGGACUCGCUUGGGGACGGGGAACAAGUGGCGGGCCUUGGGUGCGGGCACGACUACCACGUGGACUGCAUCAAGCAGUGGCUGAGGGAGAAGAAUGUCUGCCCCCUUUGCAAAGUCAGAGCCGUACAAGAAGAAGAUGAUGAUGCAUAG